ACCCAAUUGGAGCUGGAGAUUUAACACCUGUGCCAGUGCCGGGGGGAGGCACCUGAGAGCGUAGUGUGGUGUUGCUAGGAGACCUGAGGAAGCCCUUUCCUCCUCCGAUCGUGGCUCCCGUUAGGCAGAGGCCUGGGCGCUUUCUCCUUUGUAUUCUCCACCAUACCAUAAUGCAGUGGUGACCCAAGUCUAGUUUUGGACUUCAUCUCCCAGAAUCCUUCACCAUUGGCUAAGGUGGCUGAGGCUUCUGGGAGUUGAAGUCCAGAACCUAGAACCCCCUUUUCUAGCGAACUCCCAAGAAGGGCUUCCUUGGUGAAGGGUCCUGUAGGCCAUGGUGAAGCUGGCUGCCAAAUGCAUCGUGGCAGGUGAUUCCGCUGUGGGGAAGAGUGCCAUGAUCCAGAUGUUCUGCAAUGAUGGGGCUCAUUUCCAAAAAAACUAUACUCUGACAACAGGAGUAGAACUGCUAAUGAAGACAGUACCUAUUCCAGAGACAAGUGAUAGUGUGGAACUCUUCCUUUUUGAUUCAGGAGGCAAGGAACUCUUUGCUGAGAUACUUGAGAAACUGUGGGAACAGCCAAACGCACUAUGCAUUGUAUAUGAUGUCACCAGUGAAGAAUCUUUCAAUAAUUGUACUAAGUGGCUAGAGAAGCUAAGGGCCCAGACCUCUGGAAUACACAUACCAGGUGUAUUAGUGGGCAAUAAGACUGAUUUGACUGAUAGGCGAGUCAUAGAGCGAAAUCAAGCACAAGAAUGGGCAGAAACCAAUGGCUUGGAGUAUUGUGAGAUUUCAGUUAAAGAAAUGGAAAACUAUGAAGCUCCUUUUCGCAUUUUAGCAAAUUCCUUCUACCAACUGUACAAAGAGAAGGUGGAAACCUUUCGUUCACUGGUUUAAGAUGGAUCUGAAGUAAAAUACAUAUUGUGCUUUUUUAUUUGAGCCUGGAAAUAAUCAUAUGUUUAAUUAUAAUCAAAAAUGGCCUAAGAGAGUGGAAAUUAGGCCUUAUGUUCUGGUUUUUUUUUUUCCUGGCAAUUCUAAGGCAAACAAUUUAUUGAAGGUGUUUUUCUUCUGCCGUGUGAUAUACAAUUUUAAUGGGAUGUUGUUGUUCAAGGGUUUUGAAUGAUUUUACUGUUUAAAUAUUGUGAUAGCAAAUACAAACUGGUUACUGUGA